AGCCCUGUGAGCGGGCUGCACAGCUAUCAUGCCUGCGGCGGUGCGAUGGCGGACUUCCUCAGGAAGCUGCCCAAACCGAAGGGCAGCGAGCUAGAGGUGGCCGAUGUCGCCCUGGGGUCCUUCAAGCCCGCCAGGAGCGGUGGCAGCGAGCUGGCUGCGGUCGGCCCCGUGCCGGGAUCAGGCGUGGGCCCGCGGGGGCCGCCGCCGUACGGCAGGCGGCGCGGGUGGCAGCCCCGGACCCUCGCAGACUUCGGCGAUGGCGGUGCCUUCCCAGAGAUCAGCGUCGCGCAGUACCCGUUGGACAUGGGCAAGGGGCACGCCAACCAGAAAGUCGUGGCGCUGCAGGCUGGCGCCGACGGCAAGAUGGCGUGGGACGCUGUGAUCAAGCAGAAGUCGGACAAGCUCCAGAUGUGGACCCGCCCAGAGGACGCGCGCGAGAAGUGGUCCAAGCCCGAGCAGCUGGAACGCCCCACCCUCGAGCUGGACGUCUUGAACACCGAGCGGACGCAGAAGGCCCUGGAGCUCGCGCUGAACGGCAAGGCGCAGGCCGGCGCGCCCAAGCGCGCCGAGCAGAAGGAGCCAGAGUUCAUCCGCUACACGCCGAACCCGAACGCUCCUGGCUACACGCCCAACUGCCGCGAGCGCGUCAUCAAACUCGUCGAGAAGCAGGUCGACCCGUUCAUGCCGCCGCGCUUCAAGCACAAGAAGGUGCCCAGAGGGCCUCCGUCUCCGCCCCCGCCUGUGCACCACUCGCCGGCAAAGAAGCUGACCGCCAAGGAUCAGAAGGACUGGAAGAUCCCGCCCAGCAUCUCGAACUGGAAGAACGCGGAAGGCUACGUCAUCCCGCUGGACAAGCGCCUCCAGGCAGACGGCAGGAACCUGCAGGACGUCGCCGUGAAUGAUAAGUUCGCCUCGCUCAGCGAAGACUUGUACCUGGCCGAACGUAAGGCCCGAGAAGAGAUCAAGAUUCGCAACGACAUGAUCAAACAGAAAAAGAUCCGCGAGGAGGAGAUCCGCGAGGUGCCGCACGGAGGGGACAUAUCCCGCAUUGGCCUGUUUCGGCGGCAGUGCUUCUUUUGACACGCCGCAAGAACAAAUGGUGUUUGCUCUGCUGAUGCUGGACGAGACGGAAAGAGGAGGUCAUGCAGCGCAU